AUGUUACCGCUACUAUUCCUUGCGCUCAUAAGUGCUAAAGAGGCACCUGCAGAAAACACCAACGAACCCGAAAGCGCCUCUACAUCCUCGCACGACUGGAAGUCUCUCUCAUAUGCCGUGCUGAUCUCACCGUGGCUAAGAAAAGACCUAUUCGUGAACACGGCAACGGCCCAACUGGAGGUAAAGAGCAACGAUAACUCAGAUCUCUACAAAUUUCAGGCUGACGAGCCCGAUGGUCGGGGAAUGGGAUUCCUGCUGAUGAACAAAGCUGGCGAGUAUUUCAUAAUCGAUCCCAACAUGACGGUAAAACUGGUGCAGGAAAAACCGCAGGACUUAUGGCUGUUCGCCAUGAAGAGAAGUGGCAGCAUAGACGUAUCCUAUGCUCGAUUCGGUACAAAAUGUUUGCUGUACACCAAGGAUAACCAAUUGACCGGCACAAACUGUGCCGAUAUCGGUGAGAAUGUGGAGGAGGACGGGUUCAUUGUCAUAAUAAUGAAUAGCUCGUUGAAGGAGGUAUCGGAUGAAAUGAGGAUUAUAGACAGCCAGAUUGCUACGGAAAAAAGUGAAAAGAAUGUGGAGGAGCCUGAGGAGGAAAAUAAAAGGGAGGAGCAGAAGAAGGAAGAGUUUGUAGGGAUUAGGUUUGAAGAUGGAAUGCCCGAGAAGAAGAACGAGGGAGGCACUGGGAAGAGAGGAAGGGAUGCUGAGGAGGAGGGCAAGGGGCCGGAGAGUAAGAGGGCAAAGAAAGAAAAGGAGGGGGACGAACCGAGGAAAGGCUCUCAGGGCAAGGGCGGUGAAGGUAAAUCGAGGAAGAGACCUGCCUCUGAUGAUGAUGAGGAGGAAGAUGAGGGUAAAGGCAAAGAAAAGGGGCCAAAAAGAGGUGCGAAAAAGCCAAGAAAGGGUGCGAGUGACGAGGAAAAGGCAUCACCCUCUGGCGAUGAAGCAGCUCUGAAAAAGAUGCUAGAAGAUCUUCUGGCCAAGGUGGAUAACGUUAAAGAUGCGAUGGAAAAGAGAGAAGGUUCGGGAAAGAGUGACAAGCAGCAGAGCGGAAAGUUGAAGCAACCACAACGAGGUAAGAUCAGAGCAAAGGGAUCGGGCUUGAAACCGGGCAACAAAGACGAUGAGGAAGAUAAGCUGACAGGAGGAGGACUGUUUGGCAAUGCAUUGAACACGCUUGGCAAUGUGGCAGACCUGGCGAUCAAUCCUACUAAAAAGGCGAAGAUGGCGUUGAAUGCGGCUGAAGCUUUGAAAGGUCUACUUGAACCGGAGACCAAGGAAACAGAAUAA